CAAACUGACGCGUUUGCAGAAAAUUUUGUAGCAAUAAAUAAAAUUCAAACAAAUUAUGAAUAAUAAUAACGAAGCCUUGGAGCUGAUCUGCGCGACAGCCAAUUCGUUAUUUCCCGAGUUGAAUGUGCGCCUCAAUGAGGUAUCGCACCCCACCGAAGCAUUUCUCACCAAGGUCCUGAUACACUAUUUACGUUCGUUUGGAUUUCGAAUGGAGCCGCCGUAUAAUAUCGAGAACGAGGCCAAGGAUACGUCCAGAGAGAAGCGCCAGUUCCUGAGCAAGCUGUGCCGGCAAGUGGAGCGCAUUGUGCAAAUCUCGUUUCCCGGCAAAAUGUUCACCUACAUGGACAUAAUCGAGCCAACUGCCAAGAAGACAUCGAGUACCCUGGACGUGCUCUUCAAUUACAGAUGCUUCUACAAAAUGCACAAAAAGGAGGUCCUCUCCCCCAUUGUCGAGCAGCACAAGGAGCGGCAGUUCCUAAUCGCCGCAAUCACGUCCAAGCGCAACGAACUGGAGCAGAGCAAACAGAGAGCUGCCCAGAUCAAGGUGGACAUAGGCAAGGCGCAGGCCAACAUAGCCAGGCUGCACGAUCAGCUGCCCAAGGCGGAGGCGGAGCUGCACGAGCAGUCUAGAAUCCUAAGACAGAAGCAAGCCGAAUUUGCUCUGCAGGAGGAGCAGCUGGCGGAAAUAACCAACCAAGUGCAGCAUUUCAAGCAGCUGCUGGUCCAGGACAGCGAUGUGGCCGAUGUGGAAGCGCAGAACGCACAGAUAGUUGCCCGUAUCAAGAGCUGCAAGGAGGAAAUGGCCAAGCAGGAGGAGCUCUACAAGGAGCGACGCGUUGAGAUUGAAACAAAUCAGCUGCUGAACGACGAAAUCGAGAAGACCAUGCAGAUACUUCCGCCCGAGGUGCUCGACGAGUACAAGGAACAGCUCAAGCUGAAGGAACGCAUGGAAAAGAAGCAUGCUGCAGUGUUGUCCAAGCAUCAGGGCUUCCUGGCCGUCAGGGAGAAACAGAAACAACAAAUCGAGCUGUGUGAGAAGGAGCUGAAAGCGCUCAAGCUGCAAUACGAGCAGGAUGCACUCGCGCCAAAGCAGAAGCUCGCCGAACAGGAAGCGGAAAUUAACCAGCAAACGGAGAGCGUGGAGGAGCUGGAGCAGGGCAAGAUCAGGUUGCAGAAUCAAAUCGAUGAGGAGCAGCGUACGGCCGAGCACAUCAAACUGGUUUUCACCAAAAUUGUUGACGAACGCACGUUGUAGACUUAAUAUAUCCAUUGUU